AUGGGACGUUCUUCUUCCGGUGGUGGAAAAGGACGUGUGACUCCUCAGAAAGUCAAGAUCAAUUUGAGUUCAACAGUUGUGAAACAUCUAUUUUCAACAAAAGAUGAAAACGAUGGAAAGGCAAGAUUGUCGUACAAAGAUGCCGAAGAAAGAGUGAUUGACUACAUCCAAGCUUCUGGAAUGAAAUGCUCCGAAGACAUGGUGAAAUCAAUUCGAGAUGGAAAGUCAAUUGACUUUGAUUCAAUUGCACCAAAGUUGGAUGCUCCAGUUCAAACGGAAGUUGUUGUAAGGGAAACAGAGAUGACUCAAAACAAGAUUCUCUAUUCUGCAAAACUAACCAAUCAUAUGAACAGAGCAGCGUAUUUCAAAACGAACAAGCGAACUGUUAAGUCAAACAUCAUGCUUAAGUUUGUGACAAAAGAGAUGGAUAUCAAGCUUUGA